ACUUGUCACUCUGCGUCACUCGUUUCGUUUGUUUUGACGUUUUACCCUCAACUUACGUUUACAAUUUUUAUAAACUAAUUAUCGUUAUUUUUGUCCAUUGUUAGUUGAAAAAAUAUUUUUAAAAAAAGGAAAAAUGAGUGAACCAACGACUAGUGGUGGAAAAACACUCGAGGAACGACGAGCGGAGCGAAUGAAAAAAUUAAAAGAACUUCAUUUAAAACGGAAUGAAGCAAGAACACAAAAUCACAAAGCAGUUGUUGAGGAAGACAAGAGGAAUAAUUUGCCAAAAAAUUGGGAAUCACGUAAACGUCAAGCAGACUGGAUUUUGCAAGAUGAAGCAGCGCGAAAUGAUGCUGAAGAGAAGGGUUUGGAUUACGACAGAGUGAAACUUUUAAACACAGAAGCUUUGGAGGCCGAACGCCUUUUACGUAAGCAGAAGAAAAAAAAUCCCGAUCCAGGUUUCUCGGAUUAUGAGCAAGCAACAUUUCGACAAUACAAUCGAAAUAUUAAGGGAAUCAAGCCAAAUAUGGAGUCUUACGAGGAUGCAAAGGAAAAACUUGGAGCCGCAUUUUACGGCGAUCGAAAUACAAUUUUACAUGGUUUACAUGAGGAUAAAAAAGACGCUGUUGAUAAAAUGGUGGACGAUUUGGAAAAACAAAUCGCUAGAAGAAAUAAAUACAGUAGAAGGCGAACUCAUAAUGAUGACGCCGAUAUUGAUUAUAUUAACGAGAGAAAUGCAAAAUUCAAUCAAAAAUUGGAACGUUUCUAUGGCGAGCACACGAGAGAGACAAAACUCAAUUUGGAGCGAGGAACGGCAAUAUAAUUUUUUUUUUAAGAAGAGGAAAAAAUUUAUUUAAAUAUAUAAUUUUCAGAUUACUUACGAGGUGAAAAGUUGUGAUGAUGCGUCACUCUUAUGUGAAUAUCCUGUGUUUCGCCUGCAAAAGAAAGAAAGAGGGAAAUAUUUUUAAGAAAUGAGAGAUGGUUUUCUUUUUGGUGCUACAAAAAAGCGGUUUCUUGUAAAAGAAAAAAUCUUCAGUAAUUUAAGAGAAUAAGUAACGAAUUAAUUCUCUGAAGCAAAGCAACGACGAAUUGAACCAUGAGAAUGGUCAGGGU